GAAGUUUUGAAUUGGGAAAAUGUGACCAAGUCUAGUUCUACAGUUCAAGCCAUUGGGGCAUCGAGCAAGUUCUUAUUUACAAGCUUCGAGUCAGGUAAGAGAAACUCGAAUUCAAUAAUGGUGUAUGAUCUAAAUACUUUGAAAGCAGUCACUGAGAUUGGGCAUUAUGAGAUUUAUGGCGCUGAUAUUGAUUCUGCAAUCCCUACCACAAAGGUUGGAGUUAAUUCUGGGGAGGUCUUUUAUGCAAAUUUUAGGAUUUUAGGAGGUGGAGAUAAUGAUGGUGGUGGUAACAGCAGUGAUAUAUGGGUUUGUCUUGGGGAUGGUAGGAAGAUUUUUAACGGGAAGAAGGAGGGUUCUGGAUGCAAGACAAACCCAACGCGCGCCUGGAUUCGCUACGAACCCAACUCCUGGGUUCGAGAUGAACCCAGCAAAGGUUGAAAAAAACAAAAGCCGGUGGAAGGAGAGGAUAAGACAGAAUGAGGGAGAAGAUAGGUGUAAAUAAGUAAUUAUAAGAUAA